AUGGCCGUCGGUCUGUUCAUCACGAUUCUCCUUCUUUCUCAUCAAACUUCUUCGUCGAUUCAACAAAGCGUUCAAGUGGAUCCAUCCACAUCUCCGAAUGAUCGAGAUGAGAUUCUGUCUGGUGAUCGUUGUACUUCGAAAAGUAGAAAGGAUUGUCCAGAUACCGUCCGCUUGGGAUCUUGUCUAAGAGAAUUGAAUGAAACCCAACAAGAACUGGUCAAGGCCCGAGUAAGAAUCUGCCGACUCCAGACGGAAAUAAGCACUCAAAAUACGGAAGUGAGAGACGGAAAAACCAAGAUUGGAGAGCUCGACGGGAAAAUCAACGCGUUGCAGAGCAAGAACUCUGACCCCGAAACCCAAAUACGAUUUGAACGGGAAAACAAAACGGCCGAGAUUGCGAAGUUGCAUGCAGAUUUAAAUCGAACGAUGAAUCUCUUGGAUCCGGGUGGAUGGUCGUAUUUGGCAAAAACCGCUUCUUGGUACAAGGAACUCGGUAAGAAAACGAAA